GGGGGGGGGAGAGGGACAGAAAUAAAGACACCAGACAGACACACACACACACACACACACACACACACACACACAGAAGGAGAGGCCAACAGACAGACAGAGACAGAGAAAAAGAGAAAGAGAAAGACAACUCAGAUAAAGAGACAGAGAUAGGGAGUGGGAAACAGACUAACAGAGUCAGAAAUACAGAAAAGGAGAGAGACACAAAAACAGGGGAAAAGACAUAAAUGGAAAUUUAGACACCGAAGACAUAGAGGAAGAAAGACAGACUGAAGAGAGACUGAGAAAGAGGAGAGAGAAGCUGGGGCAGAGCGUGCCAGCUGGCGGCAUGGAGGGUCGCCUGGCAUGGGAGAUGUAGUGGCCAAGACCUGGGCCGAACUGGGAGGGCAGAGAGAAGCCGCUGCCUCGGCGGGGGUCAGGGGGCAUGGGAGGGGUGGGAAUUCUGCUACUGCUGCUGCUGGCUGGGCUGGGGGUGGGGGAGGCCUGGAGACCCCCAAAGGGAAAGUGUCCUCUGAGUUGCUCCUGCUCCAAAGACAGUGCUCUGUGUGAGGGCUCCGUGGACCUGCCCGAGAUCCUCUCCCCGACCCUUCUGUCGCUCUCAUUCGUUAGGACCCGAAUCACCCAGCUGAAGGCCGGCAGUUUCCUGAGGGUACCGUCACUGCACCUGCUCCUCUUCACAUCCAACUCCUUCUCUGUGAUUGAGGAUGAUGCGUUUGCAGGCCUAUCCCACCUGCAGUACCUCUUUAUUGAGGACAAUGAGAUUGGUUCCAUCUCUAAGAACGCCCUCAGAGGACUUCGCUCACUCACACAUCUGAGCCUGGCCAAUAACCAUCUCGAGACCCUCCCCAGGUUCCUGUUCCGGGGCCUGGAGACACUGACUCAUGUGGACCUCCGCGGGAACCCGUUCCAGUGUGACUGCCGCGUGCUCUGGCUGCUGCAGUGGAUCCCCACCGUGAACGCCAGCGUGGGGACCGGGGCCUGCGCCGGCCCCGCCGCCCUGGCCCACAUGCAGCUCCGCCACGUGGACCCCAAGACGUUCAAGUGCAGAGCCAUAGAGCUGUCCUGGUUCCAGACGGUGGGAGAGUCAGCGCUGGGCGUAGAGGCUUUCUCCUACCAGGAGGAGCCCUACAUUGUCCUGGCACAGCCCUUUGCCGGCCGCUGCCUGAUCCUGGCCUGGGACUACAGCCUGCAGCGCUUCCGUCAGGAGGAGGAGCUGUCUGCGCCCUCGGUGGUGUCCUGCAAGCCGCUGGUGCUGGGCCCCCGCCUCUUCAUGCUGGCCGCCCGCCUGUGGGGAGGCUCGCAGCUGUGGGCCCGGCCCGGCCCCGACCUGCGCCUAGCCCCACUGCAGGCCCUGGCCCCAAGGCGGCUGCUGCGGCCCAAUGACGCCGAGCUCCUGUGGCUGGACGGGCAGCCCUGCUUCGUGGUGGCCGACGCCUCCAAGGCGGGCAGCACAACACUGCUGUGCCGGGACGGGCCCGGCUUCUACCCGCGCCAGAGCCUGCAUGCCUGGCACCGGGACACGGACGUCGAGGCCCUCGAACUGGACGGCCGGCCCCAUCUGCUGCUGGCCUCCGCCUCGCAGCGGCCCGUGCUCUUCCACUGGUUCGGGGGCCGCUUCGAGCGGCGGACGGAUAUCCCCGAGGCUGAGGACGUCUAUGCCACGCGCCACUUCCAGGCCGGCGGGGACGUAUUCCUGUGCCUGACACGCUACAUCGGGGACUCCAUGGUCAUGCGCUGGGAUGGCUCCAUGUUUCGCCUGCUGCAGAAACUUCCCUCUCGAGGGGCCCACGUCUUCCAGCCACUGCUCAUUGCCAAGGACCAGCUGGCCAUCCUGGGCAGUGACUUUGCCUUCAGCCAGGUUUUCCACCUUGAGCCUGACAAGGGGCUCCUGGAACCACUGCAGGAGCUGGGGCCCCCGGCGAUAGUGGCCCCUCGGGCCUUUGCUCACAUCACCAUGGCCGGCAGACGCUUCCUCUUCGCUGCUUGCUUCAAGGGCCCCACACAGAUCUACCAGCAUCAUGAGUUAGACCUCAGUGCCUGAGGCUGGAAGGGACGCUGGACAUGGCCGGCAGGGGGCUGGCAUGGGGAUUCCUGGGCCUCAGGAUGUCCCCUUUACUGGCCUCUUGGCCCUAUUCAGAAGUGACAGCUGGUCCUGUGAGAUGCUGACCACAAGCCAAGUUCAAGGCAAGAGCUGCCCUUUCAGUCUUAAGCGACAUCUUGGCUGGGAGAUGACACCCAGAUGACACCCAUCAAAGAUGACUUGGGGGCUCAGGCUGGGGGACGGCUGCAUGGAGCCGGUAGACAAAUCAUGGUGGGAGAGUAAUGUGAAGAGCUCCAUGAGGUCUGGAGAAGUCCUCCUCAACCCACUCCCACCCCUUCUGUUCUCUGUAAAAGUACUGAGAAGGCGAUAGCUUGCCUUUUCCUUCUAAACUCAAUCCGGCCAAUCGCUUUUAGUGCACGCCUUCAUGACAUCAUCAGUCGCUGGGCAGUUUUCCCUGCCGGGCCUGCUAACUUCCUCUACUGCUUGUGCGCACGCCUGCUGCCGAGGCGGAAGCCCAGCGUGUUGUUCCUCUUGCGCGUGCGCGAGGAAUAGGUGGGAAAGAGCGGGUUUUAACCGGGAGCCAGGGUUGCCUCUCCCGGGUCGGUGACAGGAUCGCGGACGGAAAGUGCAUGGGCUCAAUAAACGCGCUGUGCACCCGC